AUGGCUUCCAAGAGAAGGGAGGUUGUCGAUCUGAACAAGAGUAUCUCUGGGUACCUAAAGAGAGUGGGUGUGAGCAAGAAAGCAAGGCUUGCGUUUAGAAGCAAAGCUAAUUCCAUGGUAGGACUUGAAUCCCACCGCUCCAUGUGGUUCCGCAGGUUCACCGCUCAACUCUCUCAAAUUCUGCGCCAAAUCGAACAACCUCGUGCUGAAAUCGAUCUCAAUGAACCUGCUGAUCUCCUCGACGACAAGGUGGAAGAUGAUUCCCAUGGAAAACGUAAGAGGUUAGGAAGCCAGCGGAUCACCAGUACUCCACUGCGCAUCCCUGAAAGCAAGGAAGGACCAUCUGGCAGGCCAGCGCCCAACAACGUUCGUCCCUCCCACAACCAUAACAGCCAAGUUCCAAUUAUUCUGCUGUCGGACUCUGACUGACAG